AUUGUCACCUAAAAAAAGAUUAAUUUGAGGAAGAGGAAGAAAGUCCCCUAAUCCCUAAUUCGCAGAUGGCGAUGGCGAUAGCGAUGGCGUUCUCCCCAGCAAUCAUGGCUUCGAAGACUCACAUGCUCUGCCUCACACACACACAACCCUCACUCUCUCUCACUCCGCUCCGCCGCAACUUCAAUCCCCCAAUUGUCGCCGCCGAGGGAGCACCGCACCUUCUGGAAGGCUCCACCCGCACACUCGCCAGCCUGUCCGGGAUGGCCCUACUCUCCCUCAGAGCCUUCUGCCACAAGCUUCUUCCUCCGAUGACGAUGUCCAUGUCCAUGUCUUCGGUACGGCCUCUGUUCUUCGCGUCGCUGACGGACAGGCCGAGCGGGUACCUGAACACGCCGCUGACGGUGGUGGCUGCGGGGCUGGCGAAGUGGCUGGACAUAUACAGCGGCGUUCUGAUGGUUAGGGUUCUGCUGAGUUGGUUCCCCAACAUUCCGUGGGAGAAGCAGCCACUGUCUGCCAUGAGAGACCUGUGCGAUCCCUACCUGAACCUCUUCCGUAACAUCAUUCCCCCUGUGUUCGACACCCUCGACGUCAGCCCCCUCCUCGCCUUUGCCGUCUUGGGCACCCUCGGCUCCAUUCUCAACACCACUGUCGCUUAGUUACAAAUUCAGCACCAUGCCUUAUCCUGUAUCUGCUUUUUUUGAGUAUUCUGCUUAUAUUUACUGUUACCCUCAUGAUUCUGAUGAUGGUGCAAGUAUGGGUGUGGAAGUGCCACUACAUCAUUUCCCUAUAGUUACAGUUCCCACAGUCUUGUGAAGCUCUCCUUUUGCAAUGCUCAUAUAAUGCAACUUAGGGAAAGGGAUUACACAAUGAGGUUGAUGCUGGGCUGAUUGCCGCAUGAUGGGUGUUCAAUUUAUUUUGAUUUUGCUAGCUUUUACAUUUAAUAUGGAACUGCCUCUAACAAGAAAAAAUGGAAAAAAGAAACUAAGCUAAUACAUAUUUUCUGUUUGAUAAAAAACUGUGUGAAGUCAACCCAUUUAUAUGCUUUUGUUUGAGUUAUGACAUCUAAGUCGCGUUGUAAAUCUGCAAAUUCUUAUCUAAGUUAUGGUAGGAAGUCUUAUGUUGGGGUAGUAUAAACUGAGCAGAAUCAGGGAUUUUAAUUCUUUUCUUUUACUUAGCCCACCUCUCCCAUGGCUUUCUGGACCAACCCGGAUCUGCCCAUAAGAUGAUCUUACUCUGAUCAGACCGAGGCAAAGACAGACAGAGAAGGUGGUUAAAUGUGGUUUGAGAGUUGGAUGAUCCAAGAGAUAUAUAGUAUGAGAAAAAGAAUUGGAUCAUCCUAUUUUUUGGCUCUUACAAAACAAUGGCUUGUAGACAAAAAGAAUAGAAGGAGCCAUUGCAAUAAUCUAGAACAGGCUGGAAAAGAAAGAAAGUGAUUGUGAUGAAAUUGGUUGUAUAUAACCCAGUUGCUAAUGCUUUUUUGGCCGGGGGAUAUAUAACAAAUUCACAUGGUGCAGUGAAGUGCAAUAUGGGUGAUAUAAUUGUAGAAAAAACAAAAGGUGAUGCAGCACUUGUAGGAUUAGAAUUAUCACUACAAUUUAUACUAGAGGAAGCGGAAAUUAGCAAAGAGCUAAGCGUGAUUGUUGAUAAUAAGAAUGUUGUUGAAUGGCUAAUGGAAAGAAGGAAACAUGUUGGGGGUUGAGGUUCUUGAGAAAUAAGGCUAAUAGCAUGAAGCAAGGGUUCAUAAACAUCGACAUUAGCUUCAAAGGAGAGAAGGAAUUUAAUUAAGAAUGAAUGGGAGCAAAAGGCGAUGAGUGAAGAAAACAAAUGUGUUCAAUGGGUGUGAAAGAGGCUCAAUGUGAUCAAAGGUGCUGCCUUAUGAGGUCUUGAUGACAACCAAUAACCAGAAUUUUGUUGGAUUGAAUGCAGGGGACGGCUUGCGGAAUAGAAGCAUUGAAAAUAAAGCUGUGAUUGUUAGUGAAGGGGAGAAGAAUGUUUGGCCAGCAAUUGCAGAAGGAAAGGUAAAGCCUGUCGUGUACAAAUACAUCCCUCUCUCUGAGGCAGCAGGGCACACUGCAUCAUAGAAAGCAGCCAACAUAUUGAGAAGAUAUUGCUUGCUCCAUGAAUUUCUUUGUUUUGUAAUACUGAACAAUGUAAAUGACAACAUAUUAUAGAUCUUCUGACUUUGUUAA